GAAGCUGGACGCUGUGUAUUACUACAUGCGCAGCCUGGCCGUGUCCAACCCCAUCCUCACAGCCAAGGAGAGCCUGAUGAGCCUGUUUGAGGAGGCCAGACGCAAGGCGGACCAGCUGGAGCGGCGCAGGAGGCAGGACGGAGAGGGGCUGUGGCGAGGCCCGGCGGUGAGGGGCCAGGUGAGGGGCCCCGAGGGGGCCCGCGUGGAGCUCUGGAUCCGCCCCCACGCCUCGGGGGCCCGCCGGGGGGGCAGCGAGUCCAGCCGGGAGUCUGAGCAGGACGGGGAGCUGAGCACUCUGAGCGCCAGCGACCUCAACAAGAGGUUUAUUCUGAGUUUCCUGCACGCCCACGGAAAGCUCUUCACUAAAGUAGGCAUGGAGUCCUUCCCGUCGGUGGCGCUCCGGGUGCUGCAGGAGUUCGGGGCGCUCCUGCAGCACAGCCCCACGGCGCUGGGACGCACACGGCUUCUGCAGCUCAUCACCAUCAACAUGUUCACCGUCCACCACACCCACAGCAGAGUGGAGGGGGAGGUGCGCUCCGUGCUGCACCAGCAGUCCACCGGUCUGGGUCUGGCCAUGUUCGCACUGCUCCUCCAGCGCUGCACCCAGCUGCUGAGAGAGACCCCCGCAGAGCCAAUCCUGAUGGAGAACGGAGAGGGGGCGGGGCAAGGCGACGAGGCCGACGGCAUGGUGAGGGUCUCUGCCUUCCCAUUGGACCUCAGAGAGCUGCUGCCCAGCAUCAAGGUCUGGUCCGAUUGGAUGUUGGGACACCCGGACGAGUGGAACCCGCCUCCGUGCAACAUCAACGGCGGCCCUGACGUGUGGCGGUGCCUGGCCGACCUGUGUAACGCCCUGGCCCGCGUGGAGCACGAGGAGGCUCCGCUGUACACGGCCGACACGGAGGAGCCGGAGGGCGACGAGGAGCUGCGCCUGCUGCUGCUGGAGGAGGACAAGCUGCUGGCUGGCUUCAUCCCCCUGCUGGCAGCCCCCCUGGAGCCCUGCUACACAGACCCCCACACCGACACGGGCAUCGCGGCGGACUGCAAGAGGGUGACGGUGCUUAAGUACUUCCUGGAGGCGCUAUGCGGACAGGAGGAGCCUCUGCUGGCCUUCAAGGGCGGGAAAUACGUCUCCAUGGCGACCGGCCCGUCCCUCAACCCCUGGACGGAGCGCGGGAAGAAGAAGGAGUCCCCGGAGAAGGGGGACGACGUCAUCGUGGAGGCGGAGUCGUCUCUGUCGACCUCGGAGGACGGAGAGGCGGAGGACGACAUCAGAGAGCUGCGGGCGCGGCGCAGCGUGCUGACCAAUAAACUGGCCGAGCAGCAGAAGAGGCGGGACAAGAUACAGGCCGUGCUGCAGACGGGCGGGCAGCUGCAGCUGGAGGUGCGGCCGUACUACCUGGUCCCGGACACCAACGGCUUCAUCGACCACCUGGACGGGCUGCGCACGCUGCUGCGCUCGGCCGCCUACGUCCUGGUGGUGCCACUGAUAGUGAUCACGGAGUUGGACGGCCUCGCCAAGGGCCAGGACGGCUUCGGCGGCGGCGGUAACUACGGCAACGGCGCCCACGUGCGGGCGGUGCAGGAGAAGGCGCGGCAAGCCGUGGCCUUCCUGGAGCGCGGGUUUGAGGCCCGGGAGCCCGGGCUGCGGGCGCUGACCAGCCGGGGGAACCAGCUGGAGUCUAUCGCCUUCCGCAGCGAGGACACCUCAGGACAGCAGGGCAACAACGACGACGUCAUCCUGUCCUGCUGCCUCCACUGCUGCAAAGACACCGAGGACGUCCUGCCUGAGACCCCAGGUCCGGUGCGGCUGCACCGGGAGGUGGUCCUGCUGACUGACGACCGUAACCUGCGGGUCAAAGCGCUGACCCGCAACGUUCCGGUCCGUGACAUCGCCGCCUUCCUCAGCUGGGCCAAGGUGGGCUGAGGGGCCCGCCCGGGCCCCCGGGGGCCGCCGCCGUACACCGCCCACCGCUGGGACAGCGGGGGAGCAGAGGAGACGCUGGGAGGAGAGGGGAGGGAGGAGGAGAGGGGAGGAGGAGGAGCCACCUCUUGUGAAGCCCAGGAAAUCCCUGUCCUGAAACCCAGGAAGUGUUGGAACUGAUCCCGAGGGUUCAGCCAGCGCUUAGUUUAUCCAGCUGCCCUCUCUUGAUGAGCGUCUGUGUGUGUGUGUGUGUGUGUGUGUGUGUGUGUGUGUGUGUGUGUGUGUGUGUGUGUGUGUGUGUGUGUGUGUGUGUGUGUGUGUGUGUGUGUGUGUGUGUGUGUGCGCGCGUGUGUUUAUGGAUCUGCUGGCUCCUCCGUGCCUGACCCCACCUCCUCGGUGCGAUCGGGAGAAGAAAAAGGGGUGUGGUUUGGUUGGAGGGGGUGUGGCCUGGUCCAUAUACAGCUAGACUUUGAUUCAGAUCACUAGAAGGAGUCGAUUCAGGCUCCGGUAGAACGAGAGCACAGCAGCAAUCAGAGAGAGAGAGCAGCACUCAGAGAGAGAGAGCAGCACUCAGAGAGAGAGAGAGAGCAGCACUCAGAGAGAGAGAGAGCAGCACUCAGAGAGAGAGCAGCACUCAGAGAGAUUAGGACCUCAAGGAGUAGUGGCUUAGAUGGUGACAUUUCACCUCAGAACUCCUGGAGACGUGAGGCUGCACACAACACAACAUGACAACCACAACAACACACCACAACAACAGAACAAAACACAACAACAACACCACAACAGAACAGAGCAACACAACAGAACAACAACAGACCGGACGCAGGUUGUGUGGGAGAAGACCACCGACCUAAAGGAGGGUUGGUUUGAGGUGAGCGCGCCCUCCCGGCCUUCACUUCCUGGACUGACGAAGAGGAGGACCUGGUUUCCUGUGUCCACAGAAAGGCCCAACAGUCCUCGUUAAGGGAGGCUGACCUCGUUAACGGAGGCUGACCUCGUUAAGGGAGGCUGACCUCGUUAAGGGAGGCUGACCUCGUUAAGGGAGGCUGAUCCCGUUAACAGAGGCUGACCUCGUUAACGGAGGCUGACCUUGUUAACAGAGGCUGACCUUGUUAACAGAGGCUGACCUCGAUAACGGAGGCUGACCUCGUUAAGGGAGGCUGACCUCGUUAAGGGAGGCUGACCUCGUUAAGGGAGGCUGACCUCGUUAAGGGAGGCUGACCUUGUUAAGGGAGGCUAUCAUUUUUAACGGAGGCUGAUUGUUAACAGAGGCUGACCUCGUAAACAGAGGCUGACCUCGUUAACGGAGGCGGACCUCGUUAACGGAGGCUGGCGUUUUGUAAUUUUUCUCCAUCAGCAGAGGGGUUUAUGUUUUAUAGUCUUGUUUGAUUCAGUUAUUUAUACCGCUCUGUAAUUCGUUGUUUAUUUGAACCUGUGUCUGUUGGUGUCAUCGUUCACAUGCUGGACCUCUUCUCGGGAUCCUACAACCUCCCUUGUUGGUUUCGGUUGGACCGCAAAAGGUUUCUAGCGGUUCUUACCGUUCUUUGAUUGGAAAGACUUUCCCUCUAGACGAGUAGUUUUAGAUCUUUAUUUAUUUGGCCGCGGGGCUGCGGAGGACGCCUUUGGGAAACAUCUCUUCCUCUGUUAGUCGUGUACAUUAGAGGGAAAAGGUUCGGCUCCCAUAGAAGUCGUUUUCAUUGACUUUUUGUUGCCCAUGUUUUGUCUUCCUUUCUCUUCAGUUCGACCCUUACCCUCAUUAAAUCGAGCAUCACCCAUCACCCAUUUCAAGAGUUAAAUUUGCUCAUUCAGUUCAAUUAGCUCAGUCAGUUCUCUAGCUUAAGAAACAAAAGUAUGUUGUACUAACUAUAGAAUCUGUAUCCUUUGUUGCGUAUCACAUUUUUGUCUGGCUUCAAAAUAAAUCUAUAUCCAGUGCAUGUUAAGAAUGAUUGAUUGCUUACCUGCAUGGUUUUAGUGGCACACCUUUUGUAGCCACUUCAGUCAGCAGACGGCCUCACCGUCAGCAGUCUGGUCCGAACCGUGUUAUCUGGUCAGUCUACUGGUACUUAUACUGGUUACUGGUUAGAUCUCUGGUUAGUAUGGUUAAACACCAGUUGCGUUAUUUUUGGUGUAUUUAUGGACUGCUCUUUUUUUUUAAUGACAUGUUGCGCUCAAAAGUUCUCCUCCAUUUGUCAAAGGAUAAUAAAAUAAGCACAUGGAAAAUGUAUUUCUGUUGUCAUUUUGUGUGGAAAAGGCCUCACUUACCCCAAAGGUAUCAUUUCAGAACAAUCAUACAAAGCCCAUAUAGAAUUUUGCCGGAAUCCUUCAUACGAUAAAUACAACUACAAUUUAUAUUAUUUUUUAAGAACGCUCUGAUUUAAUGGGCUGCUCACAUUUGAAUUAUAAAAUGUAAAACUCAUGCAGCUCUGAGAUGCAUGUGCGCCACCUGGUGGUUGAUAUAGAGAUGGAUACAUUUUAUUUUUUUAUUAAAACUAGCAAAUCGUUUUCCCUUGAUGCUAUUAUGUCUUGGUCCCGAAUAACUUCAUAUCUGAAGACGAUGGACUACCUAAGGAGAUAGUGUGCUGUUCGAAUAUGUGUAUCGUUAUACUUCCAUUAAAUGUUCAAAUCCUAUAAA